CCAUCAGCCCGCAUGAAAUCACGCUGGCGGGUAUUUGCCGGGACCCGGACGCCAACCGAGCACAGUUGCACCCAAGCUUAGCGAACCUUGUUUACACGCCCCUUAGCGCACCCUUAAGAGGAGCGAUUAUUUGUGAGAGCCUGAAUGCCGAAAGGCCAUGUAAUACGGGGCUGGCUCAACCCACAGGUGGCACAGACGCUAGUAUAGAGCUGGGGGUUAUAAUAAUGAACCCUCAUCCGCCUUUAUUACUCUCGUCGGGGGCCCAGUUACGCCAGCGCCAGUUCUCAACCCAAGCUUGAAGCCGCGCCGCGUCAUCCGGAGAACUAUCAUGGCCCGCCUGUCUGCCUUUGCGCUGCUCGCAGUGCCCUGGCUACUGCUGAUAGGCCUCGUGUGUGGAGAUGCGGUCAACGAUCUCGAGACUAAGGGGAGGGCGAACCUCAAUACGCAGCUGGCCAAGUCCAAGACGUGCACCAAGGACAAGCUCGAGGUCCGCAGGGAGUGGGGCAACUUCACCACGGCGGACAAGAAGUCGUACAUCGCCGCCAUGCUCUGCAUCAUGUCGAAGCCGUCCAAACUCGACCAGAAGAAAUACCCCGGGGCCAAGACCCGGUACGACGACUUUGUCGCCGUCCACAUGAACCAGACGCUGUCCAUCCACAACACGGGAAACUUUCUUUCAUGGCACCGAUUCUACCUCUGGUCCUUCCACAGAGUCCUGAAGACGGAGUGCGGCUAUACCGGAGUGCAGCCUUACUGGGACUGGGGGCGCUGGGCGCAAGACCCAGAGAAAUCGCCCAUCUUUGACGGCACCGACACGAGCUUCAGCGGCAACGGCAAGAAGACCAACCACCGGGCAUCGGGGUUCGCGCCGGCCGGGAACGGAGGCGGAUGCAUUGAGACGGGGCCGUUCAAGAACGUAACGGUCCGACUCGGUCCCGUAUCGCCGGCCAUCGACCCGGCGCCACCAGCAAACCCGCGGGCGGACGGGUUCGGGGACAACCCGCGGUGCCUGCGGCGGGACAUCUCCAACUACCUGACGUCGCGGUACGCGCGGACGCAGGACAUUGUGUCGCUCAUCACGUCGAGCAAGGACGUCGGCACGUUCCAGACGGCGAUGCAGGCGGUGGGGCCCGGCAGCGGCAUGGGCGUGCACAACGCCGGCCACUUCACCAUCGCGGGCGACCCGGGCGGCGACUUUUACACCAGCCCCAACGACCCGGCCUUCUGGGUCCACCACGGCAUGAUCGACCGCACGUGGUCCAUCUGGCAGACGCAGAACUUCUCGACACGCCAGCUCGUCAUCUCGGGUGGCACGUCCAUGAUGGGUUUUGGCAAGCUGCAGACCCUCGAUGAUCCUAUUGAUCUUGAUGUUGUUGGUGAUAAGGUCUGGAAGAUCCGGGAUUUGGUCAGUACUGUUGACGGGCCGUUUUGCUACGUCUAUGAGUGAGAGAGGGUGUGUGUAUGUGAGGGCAGAUGUGUUCUGAGAGAAAAAUCACCAUUGGUAUGAUGUCUGUCUGCAUGGACGGAUGGAUGUGCGAACGGAGCGUGUCGGAGAGACUGAAGCCUAGAUGUAGGCAGCAUCCAUCUACAUGUUUGUGCGAGCAAAGACCUUACAUGGUCAGCUGUCAGCAUCAACGCAAGAAGCAAAACACUGAAUUGCCUAGGCCUCUAAAAGUAGAACAUAUUAAGUCGAUUCUUUUCCUGAUUUCGUUCCCACAAAGCAUGCUCGUGUGGAAGGCCCUCAUUUAUU